GAAACCACAGAAGAAAAUAAGCUAAACAUAAAGUUGGAUUGGCAGACACGAAUGAGAGUGGGAGAAGAGGGAAGUGGAAUUAUGUUAUUACAAUUAAAUACUCACCUGAUGUGCCAGUUGCUGCUGUUUCCAAUUUGAGAGCACCAAACGAUAAAGGUAAUCAAGACACGGACAGAUUUGGUAGCAGAUCCAAGGGCUUUGUGCAGAGCCUAAGAGGAGCACGCAAUGAAUUUUGUUCAAGGUUCUGAAAACGAACCAUUAUUCAUCACAAAGAAUUCGACAGCCAACAAGGUGGAACUGUCUCGAAAAUGUCAAAUUCUAUCACCCUGCAUCGAUUUAAACAACUUGGGCAAGACAAUAAGGCAUUCGAAUCGGAGUGGACAAGUGCCAAAAAUCAGAAUCGAGGAAAUUCCUACACAGUAAAUGGACAUUCCUCCUCCAAAACUAAGAACGUCAAUGGAGAUAUUUCGAAAAAGAAAAAGGAAGCAGUCAUUCAGAUUGGAUAUUUUGAGCUGUUUCGAUUUGCUUCCUGCUAUGAGAUCACGAUGAUGGUUAUCGGAGGCCUGUGUGCUCUUCUCCACGGCUUGGCCCAGCCCAGUGUGUUGUUGAUAUUCGGUUUACUGACCGACACGUUCAUUGAAUAUGACAUAGAGUUACAAGAACUGAACCAACCCGGAAAAACCUGCAUAAAUAAUACAAUAUCUUGGGCCAAUGGAUCAGAAUAUCAAACUGCAAAAAACGAGACAAUAGCAUGCGGGAUUUUAGACAUUGAAAAAGAAUUGACUAUGUUUGCUUAUUAUUACAUUGGAAUAGCAGCAGCAGUUCUUAUACUGGGCUAUUUUCAAAUCUGUUUCUGGGUCACAGCUGCUGCGCGACAAGUGCAGAAAAUCAGGAAGACUUACUUCAGAAAGAUCAUGAGAAUGGAGAUCGGUUGGUUUGACUGUAACUCCACAGGAGAACUAAAUACAAGGCUGUCAGACGAUAUCAAUAAAAUUAAUGAUGCCAUCGCUGAUCAAGUUGGGAUUUUUAUUCAGCGAUUCACGACCUUCACUGCUGGAUUUCUUCUCGGAUUCAUCAGUGGGUGGAAAUUGACCCUUGUGAUCAUUGCCAUCAGCCCUCUGAUUGGUCUGGGAGCUGCUCUUAUGGCAUUGGCUGUUUCAAAACUAACUGGUCUUGGACUGAAGGCUUAUGCCAAAGCUGGUGCUGUGGCAGAUGAAGUACUUUUUUCUAUAAGAACAGUGGCUGCGUUCAGUGGUGAGAAAAAGGAGGUUGAAAGAUAUGAGAGGAACUUGAUAUCUGCACAACGCUGGGGAGUGAGGAAAGGCAUGAUUGUGGGAUUUUUCACAGGAUACAUGUGGAUGAUCAUCUUCCUGUGCUACGCCCUGGCUUUUUGGUACGGCUCUUGGCUGGUGAUCGAGGAAAAUGAAUACACGCCUGGCAGUCUCCUACAGGUGUUUUUAGGGGUGCUUAUAGCUGCGAUGAAUCUUGGACAAGCUUCACCCUGUCUGGAAGCUUUUGCCUCUGGUCGAGGUGCAGCAGCCAAAAUAUUUGCAACCAUAGACCGGGAACCAGAGAUCGACUGCAUGUCAGUGGAAGGAUAUAAACUGAAUAGAGUCAAGGGCAACAUCGAAUUCCAUAAUGUGACCUUCAAUUACCCGUCCAGGCCAGAUGUCAAGAUUCUCGAUCGCCUGAGUCUGGUUGUUAAAGCAAGUGAAACCACUGCGUUUGUUGGGCCAAGCGGAUCUGGUAAAAGCUCGACUGUGCAACUCAUUCAGAGAUUCUACGAUCCCAAACAAGGGAUGGUUACUCUGGAUGGCCAUGAUAUUCGCUCUUUGAAUAUCCAGUGGUUGCGUUCUCUGAUUGGGGUUGUUGAGCAGGAGCCGGUCUUGUUUGCUACCACCAUUGUCGAGAACAUUCGAUACGGUUGUGACAAAGUGACAAUGGACGAUAUUAUCAAAGCCACCAAAGAAGCCAAUGCUUAUAACUUCAUAAUGGAACUGCCCCAGAAAUUUGAGACUCUUGUAGGAGAAGGUGGGGGUCAGAUGAGUGGGGGCCAAAAGCAACGCAUUGCCAUCGCUCGCGCUCUGGUCAGGAACCCCAAAAUCCUGCUGCUGGACAUGGCCACCUCAGCCCUGGACAAUGAGAGCGAGGCCAUAGUACAAGAGGCCCUAGAGAAGCUUCACCUCGGUCGGACGACAAUCUCCAUCGCACAUCGCCUUUCCACAGUAAAGAGUGCCGACAUGAUCAUCGGGUUUGAACACGGAAGAGCUGUGGAGCAAGGCAAACACAAUGAAUUGCUGGAGAGGAAAGGAGUUUAUUUUACUUUGGUGACUCUUCAAAGCCAGGGAGACAAAGCUCUGAAUGAAAAGUCGAGGCAGACAGAGACUACGCUUGAGGAACCAGCGAUAGAAAAGCCACGGUCUUUCAGCAGAGGGAGCUAUUGUGCAAGUUUACGAUCUUCCAUACGACAGCGAUCUCGGUCUCAGAUAUCCAACAUGUUGGCUGAUAUUUCUAUAUCUGGAGAGGUUGGCUCAGUGCUUCACCAUUCAUCGGUAGAUGAUAUACAGACGGCUGUAGAGGAGGGGGAAGCGGAAGAUAUUGAGCCAGCGCCAGUCACUAGGAUUCUGAAGUACAAUGCCUCCGAGUGGCCCUAUAUGCUGUUUGGUGCCCUUGGGGCUGCCAUCAAUGGUGGAGUAAAUCCAGUCUACGCACUUUUAUUCAGCCAGAUUAUUGGGACCUUUUCUUUGUCAGAUGAAGAAAAGAAAAGAAAAGAGAUUAAUUCCAUCUGCUUAUUCUUCGUUGUGGUUGGAUUGGUGUCUUUCCUGACACAGUUUCUCCAGGGUUAUUUUUUUGCAAAAUCAGGUGAAUUGCUGACCCGGAGGCUGAGGAAGAUCGGAUUCCAGGCAAUGUUAGGUCAAGAGAUUGGCUGGUUUGACGAUCGCAAGAAUAGUCCUGGAACAUUAACAACAAGACUUGCUACAGAUGCCUCACAGGUUCAAGGUGCUACUGGGUCGCAGAUUGGAAUGAUUGUGAAUUCUCUCACCAACAUAGGAGUGUCCUUGAUCAUCGCUUUUUACUUCAGCUGGAAGCUAACCCUGGUUAUCCUCUGCUUCCUGCCUUUUUUGGCACUGUCUGGUGGUCUGCAAGCCAAGAUGUUGACAGGAUUUGCAAACCAGGACAAGCAGUCACUUGAGAUUGCUGGACAGAUUUCGAGUGAAGCGCUCACCAACAUACGAACCAUAGCUGGAUUAGCCAAGGAGAAAAUGUUUGUGGAGCUCUACAACGCGCAGCUGGAAAAACCUUACAGGGCUGCCAUUAAGAAGGCGAAUGUUUAUGGGGUCUGUUUUGGCUUUGCCCAGUGUGUAAUCUUUUUGGCUAACGCUGCAUCUUAUAGAUUUGGUGGUUACUUAGUUGUUGCUGAAAACCUUCAUUUCAUGAUGGUGUUCAGAGUGAUUUCUGCCAUUGUAACGAGUGGGACCGCCUUGGGAAGAGCCUCGUCCUACACCCCAGACUAUGCCAAAGCUAAAAUAGCUGCUGCACGCUUUUUCCAACUUAUUGACCACGUUCCCCAAAUAAGCGUCUACAGCGAAGGAGGGGAAAAAUGGAGUAACUUUGAGGGGAAAAUUCAAUUCAUUGACUGCAAGUUCACAUAUCCUUCUCGCCCGGACAUCCAAGUUCUCAAUGGCCUCUCAAUCUCUGUUAAACCUGGGCAGACACUGGCUUUUGUGGGAAGCAGCGGAUGUGGGAAAAGUACCAGCGUGCAACUCCUUGAACGAUUUUAUGACCCGAAUAAAGGUCGAGUGUUAGUUGACGGCCAUGACACAAAGAAUGUAAAUACUGCCUUCUUAAGGUCUAAAAUCGGAAUCGUAUCCCAGGAGCCUGUACUGUUUGACUGCAGCAUCGCCGAGAACAUUCAAUAUGGUGACAACAGCCGGCAAGUCAGUCUGGAUGAAGUGAUCGCAGCUUCUAAAAGGGCUCAGCUCCACGACUUUGUCAUGUCAUUACCCAACCAAUACAAGACCAAUGUGGGUGCUCAAGGCUCCCAGUUAUCUCGGGGACAGAAGCAGCGCAUUGCUAUAGCUCGCGCCAUCGUGCGAGAUCCCAAAAUUCUUUUACUGGACGAAGCCACGUCUGCACUGGAUACAGAAAGUGAAAAGACUGUCCAAGACGCUCUCGAUGAAGCACGACAAGGCCGGACCUGCAUUGUGAUUGCACAUCGCUUGUCGACCAUUCAAAACUCAGACAUCAUUGCUGUCAUGUCUCGAGGACUCCUUAUUGAACAGGGGAAUCACAAGGAACUUAUGGCCCUUAAAGGCGCCUAUUAUAAACUCAUCACAACUGGAGCUCCUGUUAGUUAAACGCACGACAAAUUCUAAAUGAAUUCUGACUGUUUAAAAACAGGUUGUUUUCUUUCGUGACCUUCGGGAAGUUAGAACGUAAAUCACUCAACCAACCAACCAACCAACUCUGUUCCUUCAUGGCUCAUGUAAGUUUACUAUUCCAUUAUCAAGAAGAAUGAUCUGCAAAGAUUCUCCCUGAUCCACAAAAGCAAAGACCUAAAACUUCUAAAGGAUUAAGGGAUAUGGGGAUAAGGCGGGCAGAUGGAGUUAGGUUAGAAGAUUAGCCAUGAUCUUAUUGAAUGGCGGGACAGGCUCGAGGGGCUGAAUGGCCUACUCCUGCUCCUAAUUCCUAUGCUCCUAUGUAAAACUCCACAAUAUCCCUAGGUCUUCAUAACUCAGCUCUUUACUCCAAGGCAACAUUCUCCCUCAAACUCAGCUCAGCUCAGUUCAGAAUCCCAUGUGAGACAUCUCGAAGAGGUGACAAGACGUUAUGUCAAAUGCAAGAUUAACAUUAUUGUUAUCCUCUGGAGAAUUUGUUUGUUUCAUUUUAUCCAGGUAUCUCGAUAGGUUCCGAUGCUGUUUCCAAGCAAACAAUUAUCAAAUUUGUCUUUCAAAGUUCAGUUUAAAAAGUCAAUCAAUUGUUUUUGUUACAGAUUUGCUCCACGUAUUUACUCCUGAUCCCUGACUGUUCAGCGCCUUGGGAUGUCCUCCCGACAUGGAAGGCGCUUUACAAAUAUAAUUUUGCUGUUGUUGCUCUCGGUGUGUAUGUGUGGGAAGAGAGCGGAGGGGGAGAGAUUGAUCUAAUUUUAGUUAAAGUUACUCCGAUGUUUGUCACAGCAGUCUAAGGCCUGACUGCAGUAAUGCUGGAAUGAGCAUUAAAUGUGAAGAGUAUUUUUAUAUCUGGUUGGUAACAAUUAGAGUUUCAAACGUGCUUGCGGUUUUUGCACAUUGCUUCAUCUGCAAUGCAAGAUUCUGUCAGAAGUUCCACAGGUGAUAAAUACUACAAGGUGAUCUUUCUGCAGUGCCAUUGAUUUUUUGUACCUAUUUAAAUAAAAACAGCAGCAACUUUAAUAAUGGAAAGGUGACUUAAAGCAAGGCAUUCCGUGCAGUAUUGUUUCAUUUACAAAAUGUUAGACACAUAAUUUAUAUCUGUCUUUAAAUGCUUUGAUGAAUUAAAAGAUAAAUGAAAUACUGAUAUUCUCCAUGUACCAUGUAUGAUUACUGAACAGUUUUACUGUCCACUUUCAAUGUGGAGUCUUGUAGGGUAGUGGUAAGCAUAAGGCGCUAUAUCAAAUGCAAGGAUUAUUAUUAUCAUUAUAUAUUGGUAAAUCUUAGUAAAUAUAAUGAAAGGUACACCUGUGACUCAGUAAUUGAUUCACAAGAGGAAUUAUGCAAACUAUGGUGAAAUAUGUUAAAGUUUAUUUGACAUUUAGGCUCAUGUUUCAGGCACCUCUCGUAUACACAGUAAAAUAAUAAUUGAAGGAUGGAGACAAAAUCUAGAGCAUUUCAUGACAGUAUUCUAUUAAAAUGUUCAGGUGUGCUUUUUAAAGUAUUCGAAUGUUUGAUAACAACAGACGUGUUUGUAACAUGGUUUGUGUGAUAUUUAAAAAUAGCAAAGUUACAUGCGCUUGACAUCGAAUCAUAGAAUCUUACAGCUUUUCGGCCCAUCAUACCUGUUAAAACAUAAAGAAAAACAUGCUGGAGGUUGCUUAUGUGUACAGUACCAAUAAAAUGCUUAGAGUUUUUGUUUAAUAAUGUGUUAACAUUAUAUAACAAUACAGCAUUGGAUAUUCAGAAAUAGUUGUGAACAGUUUUAUAAUGUAUAAUAAUGCCUACAUUCUGUAAAGAAACAUAAAACAACAACCCCUCACAGUGCAAAUUCAGAUUUGUUUGUUUUUUAACCCUCUAAUUUUACUCUGCACAUAACUCUAUCCAACCCAAUUACUUACUAUCCGAUUUUCAUCUAAAAACAUCCUGUUUUUGUUUUAUUUUUUCCUUUAUUUUGCUGAACCAUUUGAGAAUUAUUACACCAAUGAUGUGUUCUAACUGGCUUACUAGGUUGUUAAGAUUGGCACCACUUUGACAUAAAACCUUUCCUACAAAGUCAGGAUGGCUCCACAAGCAACCACUAGUCAGGGUGUGUGUAGGGGCUUCAAAUGUUACAUUCUUCUCCUCUCCACCUCCCACCCCAAAUCAUGGAAUUGCUUGCUUCCUUUUAACACUCCAGCGUAAAAACAGAGAACAGUUAAAUCAAACUUAAUCAGCAAAGGAGGUUCACAUGUAAUCCCACACCCAGAACUUGAGGGUUCAGCCUCUACCUAGGAGUCAAUAGCAAUCUGUGAAAACAUUUCUUCUUACCCUAAAGGUUUUUCUUCAAGCACCUGCUUAAAGAUCUUUCUGGUCUAAAGGAAACCACGUCCAAAAUUAAUCAUAUUCCACAACAGUGACUUUUCUAUCCCA